AUGAAUGCUGUUCCUGUGUUGACUGUAAAACCAUGGAGAGCCCUCUUUGAUGAGAAGUUCCAUGUGGUUGUGGGGAACUUACCACCGACACAGGAGGUCACACUACAUUCUUCACAUCAGUCUGAAGACACAGACUACUGGGAGGCGUUUGGGCAUUAUGUCAGUGAUGCUCAGGGAAGGGUCACAGUUGCCAAACAUGAAAGUUUUGGGGGCACAUAUGAGGGUGUUGAUCCAAUGGGUUUGUUGGCGAGCAUGAGACCAAUACCUGGCAGUAGAACUGGACUCAGAUUCAGGAUCAAAGAAGUCCACACUCCCAUGGUGGUGCACAUCUCUGUGUACAGGGGACACUUGAGUCAGGGGUUCAGGGAGCAGUUGGCCCUGGCAAGUGUUGUCACAGAGCGCUGGUGCAUGGCCCCCGGAGUCCGCAGGGUCGACAUCACAGAGGGAGGGGUCACAGGUACCCUGUUCCUGCCACCAGGUCCCGGACCCUUCCCUGGAGUUUUAGAUAUGUGGGGAGGUGGUGGCGGCCUGGUGGAAUAUCGUUCUGCUCUCUUGGCAUCCCACGGCUUUGCUGCCAUGGCGUUAAUGUACCUCUUCCCAGAUGCACAGAAAGCUGCUACCAUUGGCUUCCAUUACAUUGAGAAUGCUUUCAGACUGCUGCAAGAUCACCCUCUAGUGGCCUCUGACAAAAUUGCCCUGCUUGGCACGUCCUUUGGCGCCUCAGUCGCUUUAUCCCUCGCUGUCUUCUCAGAAACUGUAAAACCAAUAUGUUGUGUGUGCAUCAGUGGCAGCCAUGUUCUUACACUCAAAGCCAACCAGUCCAUUGCAGAAUCCUUCAAAGUGAUGAAAGAACAUGUCCAUAAGUCUCACAUGGAUGAGAACAAUUGCAUAAUCUGGAGGGACACUCUUCUACCCAUUCCAGAGGAUUCUGACCUGAAAGUAGAUGUGGGGAGGAUAACAUGUCCAUUACUACUGGUUGUCGGACAAGAUGAUACAAAUUGGGCCGCUGUUGAAUCAGCUGAUGAUAUGACGCAGAUGAUGGAGAGAGCAGGGAACAGUCACCUGCUGACCACUCUGUCCUACCCUGGAGCUGGUCACCUGAUUGAACCUCCGUAUGGUCCCCACUGCAGGGCUUGUACCUUUGUGUUGCAGCCAGGCCAACAGAGAGGUGCCUUUGCGGAGUCAUUCAUGCAGACAGACUGUGCUUUUAAAGUUCUUGUGCUCGUAUAGGAUUCCCAAUACAUUCCUCUGGGACCACAGGGAUUUGCAAUGUUUUGCUCUAGCUCAACAUUACCACACCAGAUGAAACUACUUCACUAAUGAUCCUACAGUUCUAUAUUUUUCUUAUGUCCUGUAACUUGAAUGCAUUUUUAUGUAGGUCUACAUUACACAGUCAUAGGAAUAUCAUGUCUCAAAUGUCUUAAAUCUAAAGCAGUCAUUCCAACUUGUUGCAGUGGUCGUGCUGUGGGGAGGCCUCACCAAACCUCACGCCGUUGCACAGGAAGACUCAUGGGAGAAGAUUCUAGAUUUUCUGCAAGAGCAUCUCUGUCACAGUGUCAAACCCCAUGUGCAGUCCAGAUUGUGAGCAUUGUCUUACGUCAGGUGGUAUCACUCCUACGUGUGAGAGAAGAUUCUAGGUUUUCACCAAGAGCAUCUCUUCCAGAGCAUUGAUCCACAGUCUGAUUUUGAGGUCAUCAACAUCAAACAAAAAUAUGCUGAAUUGAUACUAAGAUGACAACAGCCCAGAUGCAGUGGGAGUGUACCACAGCAUCAACCGCCACAUUGGUGCAAGAUGAGUUCAAGAUUUCGCUGAAAGUCUGGGUUAUACGCACAAAUCUCAAAUUAGUUUUCAGACCUUUGUGCCGAAGCAAUGUCACUGAAUUCUGAAGAGGACUUUGUGUAUUAUUUCUGGAGUUUCAAAGAAUCAAUGAUUUUCUUCCUGUUUUCAAAGAUGUCUAUCCACUCUCUGGUAUUUAAUAGUAAAACUACGGUACUGUAGAACUUCAAGGCCACCACAGGUGAAA